AUGUCACUUGACUGGGUGAUACCAUGGCUCACACUCGGCCUUGUGAUAUCUGCACAGAUGACUGAGGUGAGUCCCUCUGACAACGAGCCGUUCUGCAGUACAUGGGGAAGCUAUCACUUUAAGACUUUCGAUGGAGGUUUCUUUCGGCUUCCCUCCACUUGUAACUACAUCCUCACGUCCCAGUGUGUGGAAAGCUAUGAGAAUUUCAAUAUUCAGCUCCAACGGCAGGAGACAAAUGGGCUCCCCACCAUCAAGAAGGUCACUAUGAAACUGGAGGGUGCCCUUGUGGAAUUAGACAACACUUCCAUCAAAGUCGAUAAUAAAUUUGUCACUACACCAUUCAGCCAGGUUGGCAUUUCAAUUGUACGAAGUGUCUCUUAUGUCAAAAUCAAGUCAAAGCUGGGAUUGAUCGUCAUGUGGAACGAAAAAGACUCCCUCUGGGUUGAGCUUGAUGAAAAAUUCAAAAAUCAGACUUGUGGCCUGUGUGGUGACUUCAACGGACUCCCAGUGUAUGAUGAGUUUUUAAAAAAAGACACCCAGGAGAUCAUCAGUCUUGAAUCUUAUGGUGAGGCCGCGAAAAUCAAUGGUCCUACUGAAAACUGUGAAGAAAACUCAGCCACACGGACUUGUAGAAAUCAGACAGACCUUUGUGAGAACAUCCUGUCAGGACCAGCAUUUGUUAGCUGUCAGAACCUGAUUGAUACCAACCCCUUCAUCAAUGCCUGUGUGAAGGACAUGUGCUACUGUAACAGCAGUACCUCAUGUUUGUGUUCAACCAUAUCGGAGUACUCCCGUCAGUGCGCUCAUGCAGGUGGGAAUCCGCAGCAAUGGAAGACCGCACAACUGUGUGCAAAAACAUGCCCUUUCAACAUGGAGUAUAAAGAAUGUGGUAGUCCCUGUACAGACACCUGCAGCAACCCUCAGAGAAGCCAAGUGUGUGACGAUCACUGCAUAGACGGAUGCUUCUGUCCAAAUGGGACUGUAUUUGAUGACAUUAAACAAAGUGGGUGUGUUCCCAUCGACCAGUGCUCCUGCUUACACAAUGGCAAGCCAUACAAACCAGGAGAAUCAUACUCGAGGCCAUGUAAAAACUGCACAUGUACCAAGGGUGAGUGGAGCUGUAAGGAUAUAGAUUGUCCUGGUAUUUGCUCUGUACUGGGUGGCUCGCAUAUCACCACCUAUGAUGAUAAAACAUACACUUUCCAUGGAGACUGCUCUUAUGUUCUCUCCAAGGAAACUAACGGGACUUUCAGUGUCCUUGGUGACCUGGUCAAAUGUGAACAAUCAGAUAAAUCAUCGUGCCUGGCUUCAGUCACUCUACUGCUGCCUAAACAAAUGCAGAUGAUUGUAGUUGAUGCCAACGGACAGGUGUCUUAUAACAAUUUGAUCUCUAAACUUCCCUCUUUCAUGAACAACAUAACAGUCUUCAGCCCAUCAACCUUCUUCAUUGUAAUCCACACUGCCUAUGGACUACAACUCGAGAUUCAGCUCACACCUGUUAUGCAGGUCUACAUAAAAGCCGAUGUUUCCAAUAAAAGAAAACUCAAUGGCCUUUGUGGAGAUUUUAAUGACGUGGAAGUUGAUGACUUCAAAACCACAAAUGGACUGAUUGAAAGAAUGGCUGCAACAUUUGCCAACACAUGGAAGACCAAAACAAGCUGCCUCGAUGUGACUAACAUACUUAAGGAUCCCUGCAAUUUAAGCAUAGACAAGGAGAAAUAUGCCAAAUACUGGUGCUCCUUGCUGUCAGACCCAAAAGGAAUGUUCUCAAAGUGCCAUUCUGAUGUGAACCCAGAAAACUAUGUAGCUUCUUGUAUUUACGAUACAUGCGCCUGUGAAAACAGUGAAGCGUGUAUGUGUGCUGCCAUCUCCUCCUAUGUACACGCAUGUGCUGCUGAAGGUGUCUCACUGUGUGGAUGGAGGAACACCACAUGUCAGAAAUACACGUCUGGCUGCCCUUCUACUUUUGUGUAUGGGUACCAAAUGACAAGCUGUGGUCGCACCUGUCGCUCUCUUAGUCAGUCAGACAAAACAUGUGAGGUUAAGUUUACCCCACUGGAUGGCUGCGGCUGUGCUGAAGGAACUUACCUCAAUCAGAAGCAAGUGUGUGUGUCGGCCUCACAUUGCCCAUGCUAUGUGGGAAACAUGGUGGUACACCCUGGGCAAUCCAUCAAGGUCCAUGGACAAACCUGGAGUGGCGGUGAAGAUGGUUCACUGGGCAGCAAGAAAGCCCUGGAGUUUACCUCCUGUUUGCCAUGCACCGAUCCAAUGGUUUUCUUCAACUGCUCAAGUGCAGCCCCAGGUGUGCCGGGAUCCGAGUGCCAAAAAAGCUGCCAGACACUGGACGCAGACUGUGUCAGUAAACAGUGUAUCUCAGGCUGUGUGUGUCCUGAUGGCCAGCUGUCAGAUGGUAAAGGAAACUGUAUUAAGGAAGAGGACUGUCCCUGCACAUAUAGUGGAGAAUACUAUAAUUCUGGACAAACUAUCACUGUGAACUGCAAUAACUGCACUUGCAAAAGCAGAAAAUGGGAGUGUACAGAUCAUGACUGUGAUGGGACCUGUACCAUUUAUGGAGAAGGGCAUUACAACACUUUUGAUGAAAAGAAAUUCUCCUUUAACGGGGAAUGUGGCUAUGUCUUCACUCAGGAUUACUGUGGGAACGAUACAAAUGGCACUUUCAGAGUCUUGACUGAGAGCAUCCCAUGUGGAACAACUGAAAGCAUCUGCUCCACUGCUAUCAAGCUCUACUUAGGGAAUAAGGAAAUUUUCCUCACAGAGGAAAAUAUCCAAGUUAUCGAACAAAGCAGCGGUGUGGACAUACCCUAUCAGAUCCACACUAUGGGUAUAUAUCUUGUCAUUGAGGCAAAUAAUGGUCUUGCUCUCAUUUGGAAUAAGAAGAAAACACUUAUGAUCAAACUCAGCUCCACAUUCAAGGGAAAAGUCUGCGGUCUGUGUGGGAAUUAUGAUGGGAAUAUCAAGAAUGAUUUCACCACCAGAAACAAAGAAGUUGUGGUUGAAACCCUUGAGUUUGGAAACAGCUGGAAAGUGACACCUACUUGCCCUGAUGCAAAAGCACUGAACAAUUCUUGUAGUCUGUACUCACACAGGCAGGCGUGGGCAUUAAAACGCUGCAGCAUUAUCAACAGUAAAGUAUUCGCUGCUUGCCAUUCAAAGGUGGAUCCAAAAAUCUAUCAUGAUGUCUGUGUAAGAGACACGUGUGGCUGCAAUACAGGAGGAGACUGUGAGUGUUUCUGCUCGGCUGUAGCAGCAUAUGCAGCAGCCUGUAAUGAGGCUGGCGCCUGUGUGAAAUGGAGAACUCCCACAAUCUGCCCUCUCUUCUGUGACUAUUACAACCCUGAUGGAGAGUGUGAAUGGCACUAUGAGUCCUGUGGAAAACCAUGCAUGAAGACAUGCAGGAAUCCCACAGGAAUGUGCUACAAUAAAAUUCCAGCAUUAGAAGGCUGCUAUCCAAGAUGCCCGCCUGAACAAUCAUAUUUGGAAGAAGUUACCAUGAAGUGUGUGACAAAGGAGGAAUGUGGCUGCUAUGAUGAUGUAGGGAAGCAUUUCAAAGAAGGGGCCCUUGUGCCUCCAAAGGAAAACUGUCAAAUAUGCAACAACAGAAACAACCAUCUCCCAACCAACCCCCGCAUCUACAACAGUCAUAGAAAAGUCCAGCACUACUGCUUCUACAACCACAGAAAACCCCACCACAACAACCACAAUCACAGAAACAUCUACUAUAAUAUCUACGGUGAAGACCAGUACCACAGCAACAACAGAAACAACUAUCACCCAACCAACCACCAAAUCUACAAUAGUCACAGAAAAGCCCAGCACUACUGCUUCUACAACCACAGAAAAUCCCACCACAACAAUCCCAAUAACAGAAACAUCUCCCACGAUAUCCACAGAAACACCCAGUACCACAACAAUAACAGAAACAACCAUCACCCAACCAACCACCAAAUCUACAACAGUCACAGAAAAGCCCAGCACUAUUGCUUCUACAUCCACAGAAAACCCCACCACAACAACCACAAUCACAGAAACAUCUACCACAAUAUCCACAGAAUCGCCCAGUACUACAGCAACAACAGAAACAACCAUCACCCAACCAACCACCAAAUCUACAACAGUUACAGAAAAUCCCACCUCUGCUGCUUCUACAACCACAGAAAACCCCACCACAACAACCACAAUCAUAGAAACAUCUACUUUAAUAUCUACGGUGAAGACCAGUACCACAGCAACAACAGAAACAACCAUCACCCAACCAACCACCAAAUCUACAACAGUCACAGAAAAGCCCAGCACUACUGCUUCUAUAACAACAGAAAACCCCACCAGAACAACCACAAUCACAGAAACAUCUACCACGAUAUCCACAGAAUCACCCAUAACAGAAAAGCCCAGCACUACUACUUCUACAACAACAGAAAACCCCACCACAACAACCACAAUCACAGAAACAUCUACCACGAUAUCCACAGAAUCACCCAGUACCACAGCAACAACAGAAACAACCAUCACCCAACCAACCCCUGCAUCUACAACAGUCAAAGAAAAGCCCAGCACUACUGCUUCUACAACCACAGAAAAUCCCACCACAAUAACCACAAUCACGGAAACAUCUACCACAAUAUCCACAGAAUCGCCCAGAACCACAGCAACAACAGAAACAACCAUCACCCAACCAACCACCAAAUCUACCACAGUCACAGAAAAGCCCACCUCUGCUGCUUCUACAACCACAGAAAACCCCACCACAACAACCACAAACACAGAAACAUCUACCACGAUAUCCACAGAAAAGCCAACUACAAUAUUCACAGAAAUACUCACAACCACAGAAAGGCCAACUGCAAUAACUACAACAGCCACCACAAAGCCUACUUCCACAGCACCAACUGUAGCUUCAUGUACAAUAAGACUGAUGGAGCAGUUAGCUCUGGCGCUACAACACAAAUUAGUUCAACGGCCAAUCCACUGGACUGUCCAUAUCUCACUCCACCUAGAAAGAAUACUGAGACCUGGAGUUCAACCAGAUGCACCACCGAAACGUGUGACAGUGGACGAGUAAUAACAGAACAUGUGCCAUGUAAACAAAUAGCACAGCCUGUGUGUGAAAAUGGGCACCCACCGGUGAGGGUUUACGAUGAAACAGGUUGUUGUUUCCACUACGAAUGCAGAUGUGUUUGCUCUGGCUGGGGAGAUCCUCAUUAUGUGACAUUUGAUGGCCAGUAUUACAGCUUUCAGAAAAAUUGCACGUAUGUCCUGGUCAAAGAGAUCAUUCCUCGACACAACUUUAAGAUCCAUAUCGACAACGAAAACUGUGAUGCCUCUGGGACUGUGACCUGUGCCAAAGCCUUGAUUGUGUAUUACAAAAAGUUUAAGAUUAUUCUCAGACAGGAGAGGGUCCCAAAGGUUCUGAACAUGGUGUACAUCAAUGGCAAGCAGGUAUUCCCAACCUACACUAACGAUGACCUCAUCAUAACAAGUACAGGAAUUGAGCUGCUUUUGAAAAUCCCAGCAAUUGAAGCAGUUGUGAUGUUCAAAGGGUUUUUAUUCAGUGUUGAAAUGCCAUUUUCCCUUUUCCACAACAACACGGAGGGACAGUGUGGUACCUGUGACAAUAACAGGAAAAAUGACUGCAGAUUACCAAAUGGAAAGAUUCAUCCUUCAUGCCCUGAAAUGGGACAUCAGUGGCGUGUACCAGAUAAGAAUAAGCCAUAUUGCAAGACAACUCCUCCUACACCAAAACCUCCACCACCUACAACAGAACCCUGCAACCCUGAAAUUUGUGAAAUUUUGAUGAGCAAGGUAUUUGAGGAAUGCCACAAGGUAAUGCAACCAGAACAAUAUUAUGAGGCCUGUAAAUUUGAUGUUUGCCACAUGCAAAAUUCCAGCAUCGGUUGUUCUAGUUUGGAGGUGUAUGCCAUCUUGUGCGCUCAAGAGUCUAUCUGUGUACCCUGGAGGAAUGCUACAAAUGGACAGUGUGAAUAUAAAUGUCCAGAAAACAAAGUCUACAAUCCUUGUGGGCCAACUGUUGUACCAACUUGCAACGCAAGAUAUAAUGAAAAUAAUGAAAAGAAAUGCAAGGGAGAAGGAAGCCACAAGAGCAAGUCUUGUAAAGAAUUCACUGAGGGAUGUUUCUGCCCAGAGGGGAUGACCUGGUUCAGUCCAAAAUCUGACGUCUGUGUCUCCUCCUGUUGUACUGGACCUAAUGGCAGUCCUAAACAGCUUGGUGAGACUUGGCAGAGUGGCUGUCAGCAGUGUGCUUGUGAUAAGGACACUCUGAGUGUUCAGUGCGAGCCUCUCACAUGUCCCACUCAAGAACCAAUAACCUGCACAGAGGAAGGAGAGGUGCUGGUGAACCGAACAGUGGACUGCUGUAGCAAACUGACAUGUGAAUGUGAAAAAAGACGCUGUUCGAUGUCAAAACCAAAGUGCCAACUUGGAUUUGAGUUGGAGAUCCAGUUCUCAAUUGACAGUUGCUGCCCCUCUUAUAUCUGUGUACCCAAAGGUGUCUGUGUCUUCAAUGAUAUUGAGUACAAGCCUGGUAUGAAUUUCUCCAAGAGCCCAUGUGAAUCAUGCCACUGUACUGAAACUCAAGAACCCAACAGCAAGUUGAACACCAUUGAUUGUGUUAUGAAAGAGUGUAUGACGGAUUGCCCAGAGGGCUAUGUGUAUGAAAACAAAACUGGACAAUGUUGUGGCUCAUGUAAGAAGACGAGCUGUGUUGUGGAGGUGCCUGGAUUCACUUCUCCGAUUAUUAUUAAACCUUCCCAGUCUUGGUCUCCACCAAAUGACAACUGUACUAAGUAUGAUUGUCAAAAGGUGAAGGAUGAGUUUAUAACCUCUCAAAACCAAACAACAUGUCCUGAAUUCGAUCCAGAGAACUGCAUUCCUGGAACUGAACAAAGUGACAAGAAUGGCUGUUGCAAAACUUGUACUUCUCGUCACAACUGUGAAAUGAAGAAGAACACUACCUAUCUGCAGACGAAGAACUGCAAGUCUGUUGUGGCAGUGGAAAUCACAACCUGUGAGGGAUCCUGUGGAGCGUCCUCAUCAAUGUACUCUGCAGAGCGCAAUAAUCUGAUGCAUUCAUGCUCAUGCUGUCAAGAAAUGGCCACUACUAAGAAGGAGGUGGAGAUGUUGUGCACUGAUGGCAGCAGGACACAGCACUCCUACAUUUCAUUUGGAGACCCCUGCAGUAAAAUCUUUGACCGGAACGGGACGCUCUGUCGCGUUAUAUCCAGCCGGAACACUUUGAGUGUAACACGCCGCUUGGCAGUCAUGUCGGCGUUGGAGUCGGGUCGCUCCGUGUUUGGAGAGUAG